CAAGUGCGGCCACACUAAAUUCAGCACAAAAUAAAAUAAUUUUACCCAUUUUUAAUCUGUGGUAAUCGCUGUGAAUUUAGUGUGGAGUAUUUGUGUUUUGCUGAAAACUAAAACUUAACGUUUCAAUGGCGCCCAAGGCAAAAUCGGUUGGCAUCAAGCCCACGGCGAAGGCUUUCAAAGACAAGUCGAAACCCACUGAUGUGCGUUUGUCCAACAUCCAGGCGGCAAAAGCCGUUUCCGAUGCCAUUCGUACUAGCUUGGGCCCCCGCGGCAUGGACAAGAUGAUCCAGGCAGGCAAUGGCGAAGUGUCCAUCACCAACGAUGGAGCCACCAUCUUGAAGCAGAUGAACGUAUUGCACCCGGCUGCCAAGAUGUUGGUGGAGCUUUCCCGUGCUCAGGAUGUUGCGGCUGGUGACGGCACCACUUCCGUGGUGGUUAUUGCCGGAGCUCUGUUGGAAGCCUGCGAGAAGCUGCUGCAGAAGGGUCUGCAUCCUACUGCCAUUUCGGACUCGUUCCAGCGCUGCUCCAACAAGGCAGUGGAGAUCCUUAAACAGAUGUCCACGCCCAUUGAGCUGAACGACCGCGAGACACUGAUUAAGAGUGCCUCUACCUCGCUCAACUCCAAGGUGGUGUCCCAGCAGAGCAGCCUGCUGGCUCCAAUUGCUGUGGAUGCCGUGCUGAAGGUCACGGACCCCGGCAAGGAGACCUCUGUGGAUCUCAAGAAUAUCAAGGUCAUCUCCAGCCUCGGUGGUACCGUCGAAGACACCGAGUUGGUCGAUGGCUUAGUUUUUACCUGCCGCUCUGCUGGAUCCAAUGCUCCCAAGCGCAUCGAGAAGGCCAAGAUUGGUCUCAUCCAGUUCUGCAUCUCGGCCCCCAAGACCGAUAUGGAUCACAAUGUAAUUGUGUCAGACUACGCUGCAAUGGAUCGUGUGCUAAAGGAGGAGCGUUCUUACAUCCUUAACAUUGUCAAGCAAAUCAAGAAGUCUGGAUGCAAUGUCCUGCUGGUUCAGAAGUCUAUACUUAGUGAUGCUGUCUCUGACUUGGCUCAGCAUUUCCUAGACAAGAUCAAGUGUCUGGUUGUUAAGGAUGUUGAACGCGAGGACAUUGAGUUCGUGUGCAAAACUCUGCAAUGCCGACCAAUCGCCUCGCUGGAUCACUUCACAGCCGAAAACCUGUCGAGUGCCGAUUUGGUCGAGGAGGUUGCCAGUGGCACCAACAAGUUUGUAAAGAUCACUGGUAUCCAGAACAAGGGACGCACUGUCUCGAUCAUCUGCCGUGGUUCUAACAAGCUUGUGCUCGAAGAGGCUGCCCGCUCCCUGCACGAUGCCCUCUGUGUGGUCCGAUGCCUGGUGAAAUUGCGCGCCCAGAUUGUGGGCGGUGGAGCGCCUGAGAUUGAGAUGGCUCUGCAGUUGGCCGCAUUGGCUCAAACUGUGGAGGGUGUGGAUGCGUACUGCUUCCGGGCAUUCGCUGAUGCCCUGGAGGUCAUUCCAUCCACUCUGGCCGAGAACGCUGGCUUGAACCCCAUUGCCACGGUCACCGAGCUGCGCAACCGCCACGCCCAGGGUGAGAAAACAGCUGGUAUUAAUGUGCGCAAGGGCGCCAUCACAGACAUUUACGCGGAGAACGUGGUGCAACCCCUGCUGGUCAGUAUUUCGUCUAUAACCCUGGCCACAGAGACGAUUCGCUCGAUCUUGAAGAUCGACGAUAUUGUUAACACCUUCAGUUAAGCAGUGUGAUCCGCCUCUUUCGGUUGUCUGUCUCUGAUCAAGAUCAAUCUUAAAUCAUUUUCAUCUAACCCCUCACAUCUAUACCCAUUAUGCGAUUAAGCAUUAAAUUUUGAAUAAAAUUCACAUAUACACUACGCCUUACCAGCUUAAUAUGUAUUUAAAAAAUCGAAAACUAAAAGAUUAAAUACUUUGCUAACACAACCCAAAA